AUACGGGUUAAUGACACCGAAUUAAUGACACGUUAUUGGAAAUCUUACCUCAUAUGAACCCUUAUUAGUUAACCAAUGUAUUCCUUCUGUAAUCAGAAGACAAAUAAUCACCCCUAGCAAAAUGUAUAAAUCUCCAGCCCCCCCACUCCACAAAAGAAGCAAAGCAACUAGUCUAAUAUUUCUUUGUUUUCCCUUAGUUGUUGUGCGUGAAAAUUAAUUAUAAACAUAUCUGUCACAAGACCAAAAUAUGGCAUCGAAAAGGAUCAAAAUUUGCAUGGCUUUAGUUGCAAUAGUGAGCAUGAUUUCAACAGGAGCAAUGGCUCAAUCCAAAUGCAUGAACGCAUUCUUUAGCAUGUAUUCAUGCCUUAGCUAUGUCACUGGAAAUUCAAAAACACCGUCUAGCUCUUGCUGUUCCGCCCUGUCUGGCGUGCUGCAGUCGCAGCCCAGGUGCCUUUGCACCAUUGCUAAUGGAGGCGGUUCGUCGUUGGGCGUCCAAAUUAAUCAAACUCUUGCACUUGCACUGCCUGGAGCAUGCAACCUGCAAACUCCUCCUGUUAGUAGAUGUUAUGCUGGUAAUGGACCGGCAAUGCCUCCAAUGCCAAUGGGUUCUUCACCAGUGGGUUCAGUACUUCCGACAGAACAGCAGAUUCUUAAACUGGUUCAUCGUUUUCAGGCUCGAAGACAACAGGGAGUAGCAGUACCUCUGAUGGAAGCCCCUUAAAUCUCCCUCUUCAAAUUGUUUGUUCCUUCUCUCUUUUCAUGGUUUCAUCUAGGAGUUCUAAAGAAGUAAUGUAUUUAUGUACUGUCAUGUUAUGUUAUGUUAUGUUAUGUUGUGAAGUGAUUUAUAUUACUACAUGUAUUUUGUAUCCUUUUCAAUUUACUCUCCUAGCAAUGAGAACUCCAAAAGUUUGAACA